AUGGCUCAACCCGCCGCUGCACCUGCCGCCGCCGCCGCUCCAGCACCCGUUCCCGCACGCCACGUGCAUAAUUGGGCCACACCGGCGAAGUAUGCAGGUCGCCUGGAAGAUAACUGGGCAGCCUGGUAUGCCCAGUUCCAGCAGGUUUCCGCGGUCAACCAGUGGACACCGGCGGAGCAGAGCCAGUUUCUAGGCCUGUCGCUUACGGGCGACGCACAAUCAUAUUACCAAAGUCUACCGCAGGCGGUUCGUGCGGGCCAAAUUGCUCCGCUCGCCCAAGCUCUCGCCGACCGGUUUGCCCCUGCACAGCGCGCGGAGCUGCACCGCGCAGCGCUGAAAGCCAGCCGCCAAGGAAAGGGCCAAACAUUGAGUGCCUUCUGCGAGGAAGUAAGGUCGACCACCAGUCGCGCAUACCGGAACAUGGCUGGGGCCGAUAGGGACCUGCUCGCCCGGGAUCAGUUUUUAGACGGCCUAGACUCCCGGGCAACCCGCAUCCGGGUAAAGGAACUGCACCCUGCUACUUUGGAUGCCGCACUUCAGGGAGCACUACACCAACAGGCCAUAAUGCAUGCCGAAGCACCGGAGUCUACCCCGCUUCCCGUCUGUGGCCUGUCGGACGCUAAACAGAUGGAUCAUAUCGCCAAAGCGCUGGAGGACAUCGGCGCCCGACUGGCCCGCCUGGAACGAGCGGACGCCGCCACACCGGAUCAACCACGGCGCACAUCUCAACACGGUACUCCGAGGAAACGAGGCAACUGUUACAAUUGUGGACGCAUGGGCCACUUUGCCUCUGAGUGCCGCCAACCGCGCCAAUGGCAGGGAAACCAGCGUUCACAGCGGUCCUGA